CUAAUAGUUGCGCGGCGAGAUCACCAGGGUCGGCAGGCUGUCUGCGAGAUUGAAUAGUUUGCGGGAUCUCCAGAGUCGAAGAGAGUGACACAGACCUUGUCGCCCUGGUCUCUUUGUUACCUUCUCCUACACGCCCCAGCCAUGGCUGAAGAGUUCAACUUCAAGCUUGAUAUCGGGCUCGCCUUACGGACCUUUCUCCAUUCCCAGUUCUUCGGGACACCGCCAUAUCCAACCCAGUCUUUCUCCAAUCAGAUCAUCAUCGUCACCGGGUCCAAUGUUGGUCUCGGAUUCGAGGCUGCCCGACACUUCUACCGUCUCGACUGUGCGAAACUGAUUCUCGCCGUGCGCACAAUCUCCAAAGGCCAGACUGCUAAAGAGGACAUUGUCCGAAGCGUGACACACCGCUUCGAUGGGGCAGAGGCCAUCGAGGUCUGGCCUUUGGACCUUUCCAGCACAGAAAGCACCCUGGCGUUCGCUGAUCGCGUGAAGAAAGAGUUGCCGCGUGUCGACGCUAUCGUGGAGAAUGCCGGCAUCAACAAUCAGAGCUGGGUAGUGUCCGAAGGGUUCGAGCAGACCAUCCAAGUCAAUGUGAUCAACACUCUCCUGCUCUGUCUGUCACUGCUGCCCAAGCUGAGAGAAACCAAACGCAAAUUCCCCGAAUCCAGCCCUCACUUGGAGAUUGUUAGCUCUGAGGCCCACCAUUUUACCAGUUUCAAGGAAGUCAAUGCUCCAGACAUUUAUGCGACUCUGAAUGACGAGAAGAGCGGUGAUAUGCUAGCUAGAUACCCAGUCAGCAAACUCAUCGGUGUGCUGUUUGUCCGCGAGCUCGUUCAGCGUCUCCAAGAGCACGACAAGUCCAGCACCGUGGCAGUGCCGCCUGUCACUAUUACCUUGGUCAAUCCGGGCUUAUGUAUGUCUGCCCUGGAUCGAAAUGUGAUCCUCCCAGGGCGAGUUUUGAUGUAUUUUGUGCGCAUGCUCCUCGGAAGAUCAACGGAAGUUGGUUCUCGGACGCUGGUCUACGGCGCGUGCGCCGGUCCAGACUCUCACGGGGCGUUCAUGUCAGAUGGCAAGAACCAAGAAGUCGAGAAAUGGAUAUAUUCGGAUCUGGGCAAGAAGGCGCAGGCCAAGGUGUUUGAGCAGACGAUGAGGGUGUUGGAGGCCAGGAAGCCGGGCGUCGGGGCGGAAGUCGGGUUGCCAGCCUGAUCAUUGUCCCCGAGGAAGCUUUCUUGCGUUAAUCCAUACCAGCAUCUACGAAACGACCCUCAGCCGAUGGGGAAAAUAGAUUGCUACUAUGUUUUGGAAACAUUCAUCCGCCCCCAAUAAAUGUUCUCUCCUUCUCGACCCGAGAUUACGCGCUGCUUACGGAAACAGAGUCGAAUCUCCAUCACGGCAC